CUGCCCGGUUUACACUCAGGCAGAGCAGUGGACUUCCCCCUCUCUCCCCCCACUCCGCCGUUAUCUGCUGCACAACGGCUGUUACAGCACACACUACACUACAGCACCGGUUCUUCUACUGAACAGAACAGAAACGGAACCAAAAUUAUCUUUUUUUGCUCUGAUCAUGGCCAUGGUCAACUUAAGUGGGUUUCAGCAUCAACAGCAACUGCAUCUGAAGGAACUAGCACAGGCUGUGACCAGGCCACUAAAGAAGGGCCUCCAUGGCUUUAUCUCUGUGUCAGAGAUGCUCCUCAGCAUGGAAGCGAACAUCGUCCUUCCUGAAACUUCAGUUUAUUAUGAUAUCAGAGAUCAAAUUGAAAAAAUGAACAGAAACAUGGAAGAGUCACAGUGGAUAGCUUUAAAUGAGCUUCACCAUAUUGAUGGGGAGACGGAGCGCCUGACUGCCAAGCUGAGGACAAUAAUGAAUCAGAAAAAGCAGAGUGAGAGUGAACUUAGUGGAUUUAAAAUAGACGUAAAGUCACACAAAUCCUCUCUGCAAAAUUAUGCUGACAAUCUGGAGACUGAGGAAGAGAACCUGAAAGAAUUAUUAGACAAAAUCAAAGAGAUGGAAAGAGAAAAGCAGGAAGGGGGAGCGGCACGAGCUUUUGUUGGUGGUUUCCUAAUUGGGAUUCCAAUUGUUGGAUGGGCUGCUGGUUAUGCAGUGCUGAAUUCUUUAAUUAAAGAACAAGAACAGAUGUCUGAAGCCGUGAACAAAGCUAAAGAAGAAGUGAAAAGGUGCAAAUCUCAGAUAGAAAGAUAUACUGAGAAAGUGGCAGAGUACAAGUCCAAGAUCCACAAAGCUGAAUGUGACAUCCAUAGCGCUAAUGUAAAGAUCCACGACUCAGAGGCCACUCUGCGCGAUGUUUCUGUGAAGCGCAGGAUCAUUGCUGACGUUCAAGAAAAGUUGAGGUGCGCUAUCGUUCAGCUGGAACAGCUGGGUGCUGUAGGCAGCGUGGCAGAACUACAGACCCGGUAUCUGAUCAUGGUGGAGCCUUUGAUGAAGGUGAUGGAGGAGAUGACAACAGUACUGGGUCAGAUCAGUGGAGGAGACCUGCUGCACAGGGAAGGCAUACUGUACUUAAUGAACAACAUAAAGCGUAACCAUAGAAAACUGUUGGAACAUCAGAUAAAACCUGACGCCCACGCUGACUGGAUGAGAUGUGAUGACAAUGAUUAUUACUAAUUCUGAAUUCUCGCUCUGCUGUUUGUUCACUUCGUUCAUAUAAGAAAUGUGUGUAGUCACAUUUCACGAAGCAAAGUGGUAUACACAGUAGAUACAGAUAAGGAAAGUAGCAACCUGGAACAUGUGCAGUCUGGGGCAAUUUCAGACUAGCUACUCAUUUACCUAUUUACUGUAUGUUACUUUAUGUCUCACAAGGACUCGGAGUAAAGUUUUUACCGACCUUGCUCAACUGUUGACACUCUAUAUCCAUGUAAAGUUUGAUGUGUUUGAUAUUAUAAUAAUUAAACAAAACCUUGGUAA